AUGCCCCCAUUCUGGCAGUGCACGUUGAGGCAGGGAUCGGUGAGGUUUGUGGUUGUUGGUUGUGCGGUUGUGGAAGGCAGAGGUUGGCUUGCCGUCAAAUGGGACACAUCUGAGGAAGGAGAGCAAAUUGAAAACCCUUCAACACGGACGCACAGCCGCAUCUGCUGCGCUCUCUCCUCCUCUGCUGGACUCCACAGACAGAAACUCCACGGUGGAAAGAUGGGGUUGUUGGCUGAGGACAUGGCAUUCCACUCCAGCAUACCUGUGCCAGUGGAUAUAGCUGUAGCUGUGGUCUACUCUGUUUUUGGAGUAUGUUCACUGUUUGGCAACAGCACUUUGCUAUAUGUGUCAUACAAGAAAAAACACCUACUGAAACCUGCAGAGUUCUUCAUCAUCAACCUCGCUGUGAGUGAUCUGGGCCUCACUCUGUCCCUCUACCCCAUGGCAAUAACUUCAAGUUUCGCUCACAGGUGGUUGUAUGGGAAAACAGUGUGCUCCAUAUACGCAUUUUGUGGCAUGUUGUUUGGCCUCUGCAGUCUAACCACUCUAACCCUAUUAAGCGUGGUGUGCUUUGUGAAAGUGUGUUACCCACUCUAUGGAAACAGGUUUAACUCGGUUCACGGCCGUCUGCUCAUUGCCUCUGCUUGGGUCUAUGCCCUGCUGUUUGCUGUCUUCCCACUGGUCCACUGGGGCGAGUACGGACCGGAGCCUUAUGGCACAGCCUGCUGUAUCGACUGGCGCCAGUCUAAUCAGUACACCACAGCACGCUCUUACACCGUCGCACUCUUCAUCUUCUGCUACAUCCUUCCAUGCUGUGUUAUUGUUGCCUCCUACACAGGCAUUAUGGUCACUGUUCAAGCAUCACGGAAGACCAUGGAGCAGCACGCAUCAAGGCAGACACACAUGAGCAGCAUUCAGACAAUCAUUGUAAAGCUAAGUGUAGCUGUCUGCAUUGGUUUCUUUGCGGCGUGGAGUCCAUAUGCCAUAGUUUCCAUGUGGGCUGCCUUUGGACGCAUUGAAAACAUUCCUCCUCUCGCAUUUGCCAUGCCGGCUAUGUUCGCAAAGUCCUCCACCAUCUACAACCCAGUAGUCUACCUGAUGCUGAGACCAAACAUCCGCAGGGUGAUGUGCACAGACCUGGGUACGCUAUGCCACACGUGUCUGAACGGGUGCCUUUGCCACAAGGACCCAAAGUGCUGCUCAAGGUCAAAAAUCGGGAUCAGAUUUGGAAAAACUCCCAGAGAAAACCAAGAGUUCCCUUCAUCAGUCUCAUCUAUUCAACCGCCUAUCGUGACAAGAAAGGAUGCCAGCUUUCAGAGGUGCGAGGAUAGUUUUGAAAGCUGCAGACCCUGCCCAAAAAUGUGUGGAAUCACCAAUCUAGCUGCCAGUGGAGCAUCCUCAAAUUGUCAAGACAGUCCAAUUUCCCUAACACAUAAGCACAUCACAGAGAGGGAGUCUUGCAAGAAGGCCCUGGUAGCCACAGUAAGGACUUCAGAAACAGCCAACCUCCGCAUCAAUUUAGAGAUGAUUCCAAGACACAUAAAAGAGGCUUGGCCCUGA